AUGACAAAAGUCACUCCUGUUACUACUACAACAACUGAUAAGAGACAAAACUAUGGAGCCAAUGAUUCAGUUUCAGAUAUUUUCCAAGAAGAAGAAGAAGAAGAAAAUGCUCAAUUGAUUCAAUCAAAAACUCAACCAAAACGAACCAUUAAUUGUCCCCUCCGUUUAUUUCUCAUGACAACAUUGAGUAUACUUAUCAUUGUCUGUGCCAUAACUGUUUAUUUAGCAGUAUUUGUUGGCAUGUAUUCAUCAGUGGACGAAUUGACCAACAAGAUGAUCCAAACAGUUCAAGGACAAGUCACCAAUUACAUUGACAGAUUUCUAGGAGAGUUGAAAAUGUCAAGCAAACUAGCUGCUGGCCACUAUAACAAUGGACUCGUUGCCAAGAAAGAUUACAGACAAUAUCUCUAUCAAGGAUUCAAUAAUUCAGGAGUUUUUGUUGGCUACUUUUUACAGGUGAAUAAUCAUUCUGAGAGAUUUUCCUAUGUGAUUAUAAAUGGAAAUUUCUUGUAUACCUAUCAGGAUAAUGGAUUUCCAGGACUGAUUAGAGAUCGAGUUAAUAUCUCAACUGCACAAGUAAUCAAGUAUAAUUUUACAGUUUCGUCUGCUCCUCAAAAUUUGGAAACGACAGAGUUUUAUACUUCAGCCAUUUCAGAAUCGAAUAGUUUGGGAGUUGAGGGCGUUUUUGGAAAACCGUUUUAUGUGGUUGGAGGAGCCAUUAGUUUGCCAUAUGCUACCAAACUUUAUUCCACAAUGUAUCCAGUUAAAAGCUUGAUUGGAAUUUGUAGAGCUACCAUUCCAUUGUACUUGUUGUCAGAAUAUUUGAGUGGUGUCAAAGUUUUUCAAAAAGGAUAUGUCAUUUUGACAGAAUUGAAUAGCACAAUUGCAGUUGCUGGAAGUAUCAAGACCACCACCGAUGAUGGGAGUAACAAUUUGAGUAUUUUCAAUUUGACACAAAAUAAUGCUGGUCAACUCAUGAAUGACAUUUCAAUCAAUUUUAGAGGAUUAGAUAAUAUUCCUUCUAAAUUUUCAAUUUACAGUAUUGAUACCAAGUAUAUUGUAUCAGUUUCUAAUUACAAGUUUGAUAAUGUGUGGAGAAUGUUUAUUAUUGCAUACGAUGAAGAUGUGAGCUUGACAACUAAUUUGAGUAUUGGAAUUUCAAUUGGUGUCUCGAUUCUUAUAAUAAUUAUUGGAAUGGUAUAUAGUUUGAUAUUGAGCAAAAUGAUUACUCGAACUGUUAACUAUUUAGAGGAGCAAUUAAUGUUUGUGAAGGUGUUUGAUUUGGAGAAGGUUACACUUUCGUCCAGUAUCUUCAAAGAAAUGAAUCAGAUUAUAGAUAAUUUACACACGACAGUAUUGUGGUUGAAACAGGUAAAGCCAUUUAUUCCAGCCACUGUGUUUUAUCACAUUCAGAGCCAAAAUGAUGAAAACCUUGCUGAAGAUAAUGAAAAAGCUCAAGAUUCGAAUAAGCAAACAAUUCAUGAUAAGAAUGGUGAUUCAAAGAAUAUAGAUGUGCGUGGCUCCUCUUCACUAGAUUCCAAAACGAAAAGCUCUUCACUUUCACUCAAUAAGGAUGCCAAUUCAUUAUUUAAAAUGGGAUUGUCAAGGAAAACCUGUGCCAUUCUUCAUAUCACAUUCAAUAAGUUUGAAUUACAAACAACACAUUCGGAUAUUUCAGUCACUCUGUCUAAGGUUUCGACCAUGAUUAGAAACAUUGCCAAUAUUCAUCAAGCUCACUUUCAAAUCAACUCUUCUGAAGAUAUCAUUAUUGUAAUCGAUCAGAAAUCAAAUAAGAAACAUCCAUCAGAAAUUGCACUUGAAUGUGCUCUCAAAAUUACUAAUAUCAUUCAUUCCACUAACAAUUUACUGAAAGAAAAUGAUUUAAAUGGUUUGGAUUUCUUUAUUGGAAUUUCAACAAGUGAUAAUUCACAUGUUGGAAAUAUUGGAUCUAAUUCGUUCAGAUUCUUCUCUUUCAUAUCAAAUUCUAGAAAGAUUGCAAUGAAUUUGGCUAUUUUGGCAAGCUCACUUGGAGUUAGAAUUCUCCUCGAUGAAGAGACAUUCAACAAUACCAAGCAGAAGUUUAUUACAAAACCAGUAGAUAGAAUAUUAUUGGAAGGUUCCAUUCAUUCUUCACAGACAAGUAACAUUGCAAAUGUUUAUGAAUUGGUCAAGGAAAAAGCUGUUGCCCAAGAUGAAUGGCUUUAUGAGCUCGAUAAUUUGAAUUCGAAUAAGGAACUUGAAAGUUUGAAUGGUGUAUUCUCGAUAUUUAAGGAGAUUCCACAAGAGAAAAUAAUUCCAGAAUUGGAUAGUAAUUUGGCAUUGAUUAAUUCGUACCUUGAAAAAUCUCCCAAUGAUGUUGCUGUCAGUAAUUUAUUGAACAUUUUGGAGUAUUAUAAGCAUGUGUGUGGAGGUGAUGGUUUUGGAGAAGUGCUGACUCGUAUUAGAAACUAUUGCAAAAAAGUGAAUUAUCAGAUAACAACCAUGCAAUAA